AUGGGCCGGCUCCAAGGCCAUGCCAUUCUCCGACGAGCCCUUCCACCACUGUGUAUUGGUGAGAAUCAUACCACAUCCUCUGCUAUAAACAUAGAGAGAUACUUAGGUGAUUUAAACUCAUGGAAAGACUUCUUCGAUGAUGUCAAGGCCUUUGAACCCGAGCAUGAGUGGUCCCGGAGAGUCCUGCGGCUCGCCCAUAACAGCAGGCCCACAGAUCCAGAACUUUUGUUGUUGGCUGUUGGAGCGGUCUUGAAUGGCCAGGAAGUUGAAAUUGCUUUUGCCGACUUUAAAGCGGCAGAAAUUUCGAACAUCUACCCUGGAUACAGCUACGUGCCCGACGUAGCACUGAUCUCAACAAAUACUGCGACCUUCUAUCAUUUGAAAGCCAUUGGAGAACUUCAAACGCCCUGGGCUUAUGCCUAUAGCCUUUUCAGAUAUCUUGAGAACAAAGAGAGGCUUAGGAAAUUGUUGGGUCAGUGCAUUGGCUAUAUGUUAGAUCUUCGCGUCAUAGAUGGGUUUAUGUCUAGUUAUGAUGAGACUAUCUGCCUCCGACAGGGUUUGAAGGGCAACGAGUGGGUGAUAGAGUAUUCUCCAAAUUUCGAGAGCAGCCCUUGUGGGUUCUACUAA